AUGAACCAUUUUGAGCAUGGACUCCUCAUGAAGGAAUGUCAAGCCUUUUGCAAUGCCAACACAAAUUCUCUGUCUUUGUCAACUUCUAAACUAUCAUCUUAUAACUGUGUUAUAAGCUAUAACAACAACAUUCAGAGUUACUACUUACUAUGGAUCUUCACUCCACAAGAUUUAAAAGAGAAAUACAAAGCUGCAAAUCAUAGAGCAAAACAGAUGCUGGAGAAGUAUGGAUCAACAAGGGUGGAUGUUGAUCUUGAUGGCUCUUUAUCAUAUCCAGAGCUCCAAACUGACCCAAAAGACAAUGGCGAGAAGCAUUCACGUUCAAAACCACUUAAAAUAGACGAAGAACAACUUUUGCGUGCAUUUUAUGAGUUCAAAAUUCAAGAUGUAUGUGAUGCCUUCAAAUUCCCUAGGAAAAUACAGGCGACAGCUCUUAUAUAUUUUAAAAGAUUCUAUCUGCAAUGGUCAGUGAUGGAACAUCAUCCAAAAGACAUCAUGUUGACUUGCAUAUAUACGGCAUGUAAAGCUGAAGAAAAUCAUGUGUCAGCUGAAGAACUUGGUAAAGGGAUUGAUCAAGAUCAUCAAGUCAUUCUCAAUAAUGAGAUGAUUGUUCUUCAGUCUCUUGGAUUUGAUCUUAUUGUGUAUUCGCCAUACCGUUCGAUUGACGGUUUUAUUGACGAUAUGGAGGAUUUUAUCUAUUCAAACAAUGGUCAACUUGAACAUCUGAAGGAUUUACACGAGACAGCAAAAAUGGUUGCAGAUAGAAUGAUGCGUUCAGAGGCACCUCUUUUAUUUUCUCCUGGACAGCUUGCAUUGGCUGCUCUGCGUAGAUCAAAUGAGGAGCAUCAAGUUGUUGACUUUGAAAGAUAUUUGAAUAACACGCUUUCUCGUCAGCAUCCAGCACGACCUGUUUCUGAACUCACGGUUUAUCUUAAUGCUAUUGACCAGCUGGUGAAUAAUCUUGUGACACCUACUGCUGCUGAUAUGAAACACAUUGAUCGGAAGCUGAAAUAUUGUCGGGAUCCAGGCUCUCAUGAAAAGAGUAAGAAACGAAAGCAUAGGUCAAAAGAGUGAACACUUUCAGCAUUGGUUAAGAUUUUUGGGGAGAUUGCUUUAUCUGGAUGCAGUGGAAAAUUCUGGUGCAGAAACGGUAUGGGCAUAUUGGGUUAAAUGUUAUAUCGACAGAUUGGCAAUUGGCUUGUUUUUAUCCAGCAAUUUGAAAGAAUUAAUAUGAACAGAUGUUUGAUAAUAACAAGUUUUUUUUUUUCCAUGAUUGCAAAAGUUUUAGAUUCAUAUUUCAUUUUCUUCAACUAUAUACAUGUGGUGCUGACAUGGCAUUCAUGUGGAUUUUUUAAAAUAAUCUUUUAUUUUAAUUUGUUCCCUUUCCUGUUGAUCUUCAAGAUUAAAAUGGGAUAAAACACAAUACAAUUUCAAGGUCAGCAACCUCUUCAUCAGAAAUCAAAUAUGGAAUAACACACACAAGAAAAAACCAAAGAAACUACGAAAUCAAUGCUUCAGUACAUUUGUGGUUCCUCUUUAUUCUUUGAUCGC